CUCACACAAUCAAUUGAUAGUAAAUGAAAAUGGCGACUGAUUCAGUUAUUUUUUUAUUUUCUAUUCCAAAAAAACUUUAGGUCAUUCGGGUUAAGAAGAUGAAGAAAAGGGGGAAAAAAGAAGAGAGAUAAUGAGAAGGGGAAAAACUGGUUCAGUGAGAUUAAGAUUUUAAAGUUUUCUGUUUAUGUUGAACUUUUUUUCUCGUUUACAAGACAAGUUACAGUUUUUUAAUUUCUUUUCAUUUUUCUCAAUUCUUUUAAUUAGUUUUAAUCAAUUAGUUGAAUACCAAUGGAAUAUUUUCGAUUACCUUGUGUAAAGUGAUUAAGUUAAUCGUUUUAACUUUAAAAAGAAUAGAAAAUUUAGUUUAUUCUUUUUUCUUCUUAACCUCAUUUUCUUUUCUCUUGGUUUGUUGUUGUUGUUUCUUCUUCUUCUUCUAUCUUUUGGUAGAAUAUAAACAAAAGUGACCUGACUUGUUUUCUUUUUUCUCUCUCUCUCUCUCUCUGUAAUUUUGUUCCAUUUUAAAUAUUUUAGAAUAGAAUAAAAUUUGGAGGGAAACAUGUGUUUCUCUACACACCGGUAACUAUGUUUGCAGUGUUUUCUUCUCGCCAAUGGUUUCAACUGAUCGGAUGAAAUGAGAGCCUUUUUUGGAUUAUCCUGAUUCUUUUGGUGUUGUCUUUUUCUUAAGAUCUUCUAUCUUGUUACGUUUCUCUCUCUCUUCUCUUCUCUUUCUUUCUCUUUCUUUUCGGUGAACGUGAAACAUUUUUGAACCCAAUUUGACGGGUAACGUGGCAGGUUCACCAAAAAUGGCAAAUAAUAAAAUGGCUCAUGUGAUUGACGAUCAGCCUGAAUCUACGAUUGACCCAUACAAAAGUCCACCUGAACCAGUUAAAGAAUGGGAUGUGUUUGUAGUGUCUCCGCCGCCUGAUGACGAUGAGACCUCUAGUUCCGAAUGGAUCGAUGUGAUACUUAAAUUGUUAAAAUUAUGCGCUUAUUUAAUUACCUUUAUUGUUGUUCUUGCCUGUUCUGUUUUCUCAAAAGGAUUAGUACUUUUUAUGACUUCCAUUAUAAGACCAAAUCGUACUGGUCUAAUCAUCUGUAGCCAUGGAAUACCGAGUUUAGAUCGUGAUAAAAAGUAUGAGGUUGUUCUUAACCUAACCGAUCCAGAACGGGUCGCCUGGAUUUGGACUCUUAUAGCAGUCCUAAUUGUCCCAGAGUUAAUGACACUUUUUCGUGCUGCCAGGAUAUGCACAUUUAAGUCUAUUCGAAGACCAAGUAAAUCAGUUUUCUCCCUGAUUUUCAUAGUAGAAACACUUCACACCAUAGGUCUUGUUAUGCUCGUUUUUGUGAUAUUACCUUCGCUGGAUGUGACCAAGGGCGUAAUUCUGACCAACUGUUUCUGUUUUAUUCCUGGUUGUUUGAGCUUAUUCUCUCGUCAUUCGGGUGAACCAGGUCGUGGUUAUAAAACUUUACUCGAUUUACUUUCCAUCGGUGCCCAACUUUCCGGUUUAAUACUCUGGUCUUUAGCUGAAUCAACAGAUAAUCCAGUUGCAAUUUACAUUCCACUUACCUCAUUGUUAAUCUCAAUCGGUUGGUGGGAAAAUUACAUUGAUAAAAAGUCUCCCUUUCGUGUGAUACAAAAAUUGGCCCAGAUUAAGGAUAGUUUACAAAAAUCUCGUUAUUUUAUCUAUAUUUUCAUUUCAACUUGGAAAAUUGUUCUAAUAUUUAUUGCGACAAUUGUUUGCCGACUUUUGGUUGAUGGUUCAGCCUUAUAUUUGUUCACACAGUUUAAAUCAGCUUUCACAUCUCAUAAAAUACUCAUCAUUCGAGAUCGUUCAGAUCUUUCAAAAUCGCUAUCUGAUACAAAUGUUGGAAUUGAAUCUGAAUGGCUUGAGAUGCCAGCGUCAACAUCAGCACCCAUUUGGAUGUUAAUCUUACAAAUAAGUGCCUCUUGGUUUUGCUACGUUUUCGGUAAAUUUGCCUGUAAAAUUUGUAUCCAGAGAAUCUCCUUUGCCUCACCAUUAAUCCUCUCAGUUCCAGUCACUGCCAUGGCCUUGGCACAAUUUUGUGUCCUAAAUUUUGAAAAUUCUUGCUCCCUUAACCGAUAUCUUCCCCGUUAUCUGUUUUGGUCCUGCCCAAGUGCCGAUACUUUCUUCACUGAUGGUGUUUUCUACAAUCUUCACGGUAUAAUUUGGGUCAUCAUGUAUAUUAGCCAAUUUUGGAUCACCUUUCACAUAUUUAAUCCUAAAUGUGAACGUUUAGCGACAACCGAGAAACUUUUCGUCUCACCAAUGUACUGUGGCCUUAUAAUUGACACCUCGAUGAUACUUAAUCGACGACGUGAUGAUAAGGAAGUAAUUAAAGCGGGUGAUAUUGAUAAAUCCACACGAGAUCCUGAUACAUUACAAGAAUCCAUUCACUAUGAAACAAUAUCAGAACAUCCUGAGGAUAAAAAAUCAACCGUACAAUCAACUGAUUACAUUACCAAAAUUUUGGUAUGUGCGACGAUGUGGCAUGAAACCUCUGAAGAAAUGAUCCAAAUGUUGAAAUCAGUUUUUCGUAUGGAUUUUGAUCAAUCGGCUCGUCACAAAGCUCAAAAGUAUCUUCGUGUUGUCGAUCCCGAUUAUUAUGAAUUCGAAGUUCAUAUUAUUUUCGAUGAUGCAUUUGAAUUGUGUGAUGAAAAUGAUGAUUAUCAAGUUUGCAAUCGUUUUGUGAAACAGUUCAUCUCCGUUAUCGAUACGGCGGCAAGUAACAUCCAUCAAUGUGAAAUCAGGCUAAAAUCGCCGACCAAAUAUCCAACCCCGUACGGUGGUAGACUCGAAUAUAUUUUACCAGGAGGAAAUCGACUUUAUAUUCACAUGAAAGAUAAAAUGAAGAUUCGUCAUCGAAAACGUUGGAGUCAGGUUAUGUACAUGUACUACCUACUUGGUCAUCGAUUAAUGGAACUACCAAUUGAUGUUAAUCGAAAGGCAACUAUGGCCGAGAACACCUACAUUCUUACUCUAGAUGGAGAUAUUAAUUUCCGUCCGGAAGCCGUUCAACUAUUAGUCGAUUUAAUGAAGAAAAAUAAAAAUCUCGGCGCAGCCUGUGGUCGAAUCCAUCCAGUAGGAAGCGGUGUCAUGGCCUGGUAUCAAAAGUUUGAAUACGCGGUUGGUCAUUGGCUGCAAAAGGCCACUGAACAUAUGAUUGGUUGUGUACUUUGUAGUCCAGGUUGUUUCUCACUUUUCCGUGCUAAAGCUUUGAUGGAUGAUAAUGUGAUGAAAAAAUAUACCACGCCGCCGGUUGAAGCCUUACAUUAUGUUCAAUACGAUCAAGGGGAAGAUCGUUGGUUGUGUACAUUACUCUUACAAAGAGGAUAUCGAGUUGAAUAUUCAGCCGCUGCUGAUGCUUAUACUCAUUGUCCUGAAGGUUUUGGUGAGUUUUACACUCAACGUCGUCGAUGGGCUCCAUCAACCAUGGCCAAUAUUCUUGAUCUUCUUGGAGAUUACAAACGUACUGUUGCCGUUAAUGAUCACAUCUCAUUGUUAUAUAUUGUUUACCAAGGAAUGUUAAUGGCGGGUACUAUUCUUGGUCCUGGAAAUAUUUUCCUUAUGUUGGUCGGAGCCAUGGUCGCUGUAUUCAGAAUUUCCAAUUGGGACUCGUUUGUUUUCAACAUUGUACCAAUUCUGUUAUUUAUCAUCAUUUGUUUCACUUGUAAAAAUGAUAUACAAAUAUUAUCCGCUCAGAUAAUGUCCGCUUGUUAUGCUCUAUUAAUGAUGGCCGUGUUUGUCGGUACUGCAAUUCAAAUGGCCGAAGAUGGUGUCACCUCACCUUCAGCAAUAUUUUUUAUCGCACUGUCGGGAUCAUUCGUGGUGGCGGCAUUGCUACAUCCUCAAGAAUUUCACUGUCUUUAUCCAUGUUUACUUUAUUUCCUUUCGAUUCCCUGUAUGUAUCUACUUUUAAUGAUCUAUUCUCUCAUCAAUUUGAACGUUGUUACCUGGGGAACUCGUGAGGUACAAACAAAGAAAACGAAAGCCGAAUUGGAGGAAGAAAAGAAAGCGGCUGAAGAGAUUAAGAAGGGCAACCUGUUGACUUUUCUUAAUCUUAACUCAAAUGGUAAAGAUGAAGAUGGUUCAAUCGAAUUUAGUUUGGCAAAUCUUUUCCGUUGUUCUUUCUGUACAUACCCUAAGCCGAACGAUGAGAAGAUUCAUUUACUAAAAAUUGAACAACAUCUCAGUGAAAUGACGGAGAAACUUUCAAGCCUCGAGAAAUAUAUUGACCCUUUAACUGGAGUUAAACGAAAAGGUUCAUCGAUUGGUCGUAAUGCUCGAUUUUCAGACAAUUUAUCGACAGUGACGGAAGACGAGGAACAUGAAGACGCUGAAUCAAUCGGUUUAGGUUCUAACAGCGAUGAUAUGUCCAUCAAGGAUAUCGCUGAAGCAGAUGAACGCGAUGACUUGACUAAUCCAUAUUGGAUUGAGGAUAAAGAUCUAAGAGAUGGUGAGACUAAAUAUCUCGCCGAUAUUGAGGUCGCUUUUUGGAAGGAAAUGAUCACCAAGUAUCUUUAUCCAAUCGAUCAAGACAAAGAGCAUCAGGCUCGAAUUGCUGCUGAACUGAAAGAAUUAAGAAAUCGUGUUGUUUUCACAUUCUUUAUGUUAAAUGCUCUUUUCGUUCUCGUGGUACUUAUUCUACAAUUAAACAAGGAUAUUCUUCAUGUUGAUUGGCCUUACGGUGUCCGUGAGAAUAUUACAUUUGUUCCGGAAACAAAUGAGAUACGAAUCGAGAAAGAAUAUCUAGAAAUGGAACCUAUUGGUUUGGUGUUUGUCGGUUUCUUUGGAUUAAUUUUGGUCAUUCAAUUGGUCGGUAUGCUUUUCCAUCGUUUUGGAACAUUAUCUCACAUGUUGGCCUCCGUUAAUCUGUUCCAAACAAAACGUGAUGACAUUUCUGGUGAAGAUGAUCUGAAACGAAAUGCCAUUGAUAUCGCUCGACAAUUACAAACACUCAAAGGUUUAAAUGACGAGGAGAAUUCUGAAGAUGCAACUUAUGGAAUAGCUGGAAGAAAAACUAUUCAAAAGCUGGAGAAGCGCGCUAGACAAAAGCCUCGAACUGGAACAUUGGACGUUGCCUUCCGACAACGAUUCAUGAAACUUUCAGCCGCUCAACAAGAUGGAAUUGCAACGCCGAUUCUUGGAGGUAUCCGUCGUAAGGAAACACUUAAAGCAUUAGAACGCCGAAGUAAGGAAGUGAUGGGAGCGAAGUCUGAUGAUCACGGAAUGCAAACUCUUGGAAUCGCUAAUGAAUUUAUUCGUAAUAGAAAUAGAUCAACAUUAGAUUCCAAACAACGUCGACCACCAAAUCCAUAUGGAGCCAAUGGAAUGGUCAAUCAAGCCUUCGAUUUAUCUUCCGACGAGGAAAUUGGCCCUUCCAAAGUCGCUCUGUCAACGUAUAGAGGAAAUUCACGACAAAGUUUCAAUGGGAACUUAAGCCAUCAACUUUAGAUAUUUUAAUUAAUUAAUUACAAGAAAGUUGAAUUUUUAAAUCAACAAUUAAUUUGCCAAUUUUUCCAAGCCAAAAGCCGAUCGAAUACUCAUUUUAAUAACCACCACAAUAUUACAUCACCUCAAUCAAAUUUAUCAUCAUUGAUCGGUUAAAUUUAGAUGUUUAUUUUUUUUAACUCUCUCUCUCUCCCUCUCCCUCUUCCUCACUCUCACUCUCUAUUUAUCUCUCUGUACUUUAAAAGUUUCAAUUGUUUCGAUGGUUAAAACUAUUAAUACAAUUGCAAUUGAAUUAAGAGUAAAGAAGAUUGAAACAAGGAAACACUUUUCUUCUUCAUUUACAAUC